AUGGGACGAUCUGAUCGAAUUGUCUCAUUGAACCGACUUGAGGAGGAACUGGUUACCACUCAACACAGGGAGACGGACGGGCCAUGUUAUAAGAUCACUUAUGAAGUACUGAACCCAGCUACACAUAGUACGCAGUGUAGUAUGGAAGGAAUGGUUUCUAGAGUCAGUCUGACAUCAGACAGAAUCCAAGCUCAAUGUGAAAUGGUUCUCAACUGCGUGCACGUACUGAAUAGGCUGCAUAUAACUGUCAUGUUAUUCAAACUUUCUGAUUUACUACUGCUCACGUCACUUUCCGAGGCUCGGAAGUCCGUGGUGAUUAAGAUCAAGAUUAAGAUCAACGGCAUCAACAUCAGCUUGUGA